GAAUAUCACCAAUUUUGGCAGAAUGUUAAUAUUUUCCCAUCGAUAAAGAUGGUGUUUUGCAAAGCUGUUGAAAAUGUGAGGUCGUGUUUAUCCACACGCCCCCCGCUGGUUGUGUUUGUGUUCUGUAUUGGAAUGAUAACAGUUGCGUUUAUAUCAUUUGCAUAUUACAUUAGAUUCAAUGAAAUUCGAGACCCUAACGUUUAUUUGGAUUGGAACACCUACUUGGACAAUUUAUCAAAAAUUAAUUUUUGUUCGAAAUGGGGCGAAAAUUCUUCCCGAGCUGAAGUUGAAAGUUAUAAUAUUUCUAUCCCGAUGAUGACUGUAGUGUCGAUGACGCAGCAAUUCCCCGCUAUUACUCAUAUGUUUUCAGUAAUGAAUGGAACAAGCCUUGGUUUAGGAGAUGGAUUCAGUUUGAAAAAUAUUUCUGUUUCAUUUCAACCAACUGUUGACCUGCAUAAACUAUGUAGGGGGGAAUACCCUUGUACGAAAGUUGUCCCAGCAUGUGUGACCAUUGCAGGCCCCGUGGGGAGUUUCCCUAAUCAAAGGCACCCACUUACAUGUAACAACACCCAUAGUGGGGAGGGAGGGCGACUCAUUAGUUUCUUGAAUCAACCACAAAACUGUUCAUUCUUGUUAAACACAUUGCAUAAGGAAGAUGAAAAGUUGUAUUUUAUGGUUUCAAUGGAUCAGAAAACUGUUGUCCACAACCACUUAAUGUUAAGUUCAUAUUUCUUUAUCAUCGUCAUAUUUACCAUGGUUUUGUAUGGCGCGUUGAAAGGAGGGGUGAAGAGAUAACGUGAUGAUGGUGCCUUCAUUUUACCACUUUAUAACUUGGUUAUUUAUUUAACGAAUAUUUUAUCAACGAUUGUUGCAACAAUAGCAAUAUUUAUUUUUUUCAUUUUUAAAUCAACCACAAUAAACAUAACAUUAAUAUUA